UGCACCUUAGGGGAUGCUGGUGAGCAAGCAAUAAGGCAGAUCCUUGAUGAAGCUGGAAAAGCAGGAGAACUGUGUGCAGGCAAAGAACGCAGAGAGAUUCUGGGAACUUGCAAGACACUGGGCCAGAUGACUGAUCAACUGGCUGACCUCCGAGCUAGAGGACAGGGUGCUACACCCAUGGCUAUGCAGAAAGCACAGCAGGUGUCACAAGGUCUGGAUUUGCUCACUGCAAAAGUGGAGAAUGCAGCCCGCAAAUUGGAGGCCAUGACAAACUCUAAGCAGGCAAUUGCUAAGAAGAUUGAUGCUGCUCAGAACUGGCUUGCAGAUCCUAAUGGGGGCAGUGAAGGAGAAGAACAUAUUCGGGGAAUUAUGGCUGAAGCAAGGAAAGUUGCAGAAUUAUGUGAGGAGCCUAAAGAAAGAGAUGAUAUCCUUCGUUCCUUGGGGGAAAUCUCUGCUUUGACAGCUAAGCUGUCAGAUCUACGACGACAUGGGAAAGGUGACUCUCCUGAGGCCCGUGCAUUGGCUAAGCAAAUAGCCACAUCACUUCAGAAUUUACAGUCCAAAACAAACAGGGCUGUAGCAAAUACUAGGCCAGUUAAAGCAGCUGUCCAUUUGGAGGGCAAGAUUGAGCAAGCUCAAAGGUGGAUAGACAAUCCUACAGUUGCUGAUCGCGGAGUAGGCCAGGCAGCAAUUCGGGGUCUGGUUGCAGAAGGUCGUCGUUUAGCCAAUGUUAUGAUGGGACCUUAUCGUCAAGACCUGCUUGCCAAAUGUGACCGUGUAGACCAACUGGCUGCUCAGCUAGCUGAUCUCGCCGCAAGAGGGGAGGGAGAAUCUCCUCAGGCCAGGGCAAUUGCUGCUCAGCUUCAGGACUCACUGAAGGAUCUUAAAACACGGAUGCAAGAGGCAAUGACCCAGGAGGUUUCUGAUGUUUUUAGUGACACCACAACUCCUAUUAAAUUGUUAGCAGUAGCAGCCACUGCCCCCUCUGAUGCUCCCAAUAGAGAUGAGGUGUUUGAUGAAAGAGCAGCAAACUUUGAAAACCAUGCUGCUAGACUGGGAGCUACAGCAGAAAAAGCAGCCGCAGUUGGAACUGCAAAUAAAACUACUGUGGAGGGCAUUCAGGCAACGGUGAAAUCAGCAAGGGAACUUACCCCACAGGUAGUAUCAGCUGCUCGUAUACUCCUGAGAAAUCCUGGAAAUCAAGCUGCUUAUGAACAUUUUGAGACUAUGAAAAACCAAUGGAUUGAUAAUAUAGAAAAAAUGACAGGGUUGGUGGAUGAAGCCAUUGAUACUAAAUCUCUGUUGGAUGCAUCUGAAGAGGCUAUUAAGAAAGAUCUUGAUAAAUGUAAAGUUGCAAUGGCCAACAUUCAACCUCAGAUGCUGGUAGCUGGUGCCACCAGUAUUGCUAGACGAGCAAACCGCAUCCUCCUGGUAGCAAAACGUGAGGUUGAAAAUUCAGAAGACCCAAAAUUGCGGGAGGCUGUUAAAGCAGCCUCUGAUGAACUAAGCAAAACUAUAUCACCAAUGGUAAUGGAUGCUAAAGCUGUGGCAGGAAACAUUUCUGAUCCUGGUUUGCAGAAGAGUUUCUUGGAUUCUGGAUACAGAAUUCUGGGAGCUGUGGCCAAAGUCAGAGAAGCAUUCCAGCCUCAGGAGCCAGAUUUUCCCCCUCCUCCUCCUGACCUUGAGCAGCUUCAUCUGACUGAUGAGCUUGCUCCUCCAAAACCACCACUCCCAGAAGGUGAGGUUCCUCCGCCCAGACCACCACCACCUGAAGAAAAGGAUGAAGAGUUCCCAGAGCAGAAAGCAGGAGAAGCUAUCAAUCAGCCCAUGAUGAUGGCUGCUAGGCAGUUGCAUGAUGAAGCCCGGAAAUGGUCUAGCAAGGGUAAUGACAUCAUUGCUGCUGCCAAACGAAUGGCGCUGCUAAUGGCAGAGAUGUCGCGCCUGGUGAGAGGAGGUAGUGGAAACAAGCGUGCCCUUAUUCAGUGUGCAAAGGAUAUUGCUAAGGCAUCAGAUGAAGUCACUCGAUUAGCCAAAGAGGUGGCAAAGCAGUGCACUGACAAGCGCAUUAGAACAAAUCUCUUGCAGGUCUGUGAGCGAAUCCCAACCAUCAGUACACAACUGAAAAUUCUCUCUACCGUCAAAGCUACUAUGCUGGGCAGAACUAAUAUCAGUGAUGAAGAGUCGGAACAGGCAACUGAGAUGUUGGUUCAUAAUGCGCAGAAUCUCAUGCAGUCUGUGAAGGAAACUGUGAGAGAAGCUGAAGCAGCAUCCAUUAAGAUAAGAACAGAUGCUGGAUUCACUCUUCGCUGGGUCAGAAAGACCCCAUGGUAUCAGUAAACACUUGCCACAGAAGUAUUGUUUUCUGUAACAUAAAUUGCCCUUUUUUUUUAUUUUGAAACAGAAGAGAGAUAUUAACAGCAAAGGUGCUGUAUAAAUGAGCUUAACAUUAGCUCAUGCUAAUGCCCCAUUCUAAGGGUAUGAGUUACAAGAGAAUGCAUUUCAAAUGUCUUCGGAACACAUUUGAUAUCCAGCACCUGAAAAUUGCUUCCAACAGUAGACAGUUCUUAUCUCUUUUUUUUUUUUUUUUGCUUUGGAAGAUUCUCUUCAUGAAUUCUGUACUCCCAGAAGCACAUUUCAUUUACGCACUGUAUAUUCCAGUAGUUUCCACGUGAUGAUAUAAAACAUGGACCUCACUUUAAGCUUGUGUUGAGAGUCUGGGACACUAUUGGUUACUUGGCAGUUUUUUAGGGACAAUCAUGGAUAUAGAAACAUUCAACUUUUGAACAGGAUUUUAGCUGGCUGUUCUUAAACCAUGCAGAAAUGAUGGAAGGUGUGGGGUUUUAAUUAAAAGGGAGGAGGAGGGGCAGCAGAACAGUUGUAAACUGAGGAUUAAAAUUCCAUGUCUGAAAUUCUAUUUUUUCGCUUUUGAUUUUUGCC